AUGGAUUUUCUUGAUACAAAACCAAAUGGUGUCUUCAUUAUAGAAUCAAUUCUUGAAGGUCCCGUUCAGUUCAAACAUCCCAAUGGAGUUAUUCUUAUCAAUGACCAACUGACUGAAGUUCAAAGAGCAAGAAUUCAAGCUGACAAGCAAGCCAAAUCCUAUAUCUAUCAAUCUCUUCCUGAUGAGAUUUUCUCUGCUUUUAAUCAUGAUCACAAUGCAAAAGAGAUAUGGGAUGAUUUAACAAAGUUUGCUGAUUCUGAAGAUUUCAAAUACUUGAUGACUUCAACAACCAAUUCUUCACAAACUACUUCACAAGAAACAACAAGUGUGGUAGAUUUCAUUUCCAAAGAUGAUUUCUUAUCUCCACCUCCUAAAACAACUACUUUGAGAUCAUCAUCAUCACCCAAAACACCAUCUCCACAAAGACCGUCAUCUCCAUCUUCACCAAAAUCACCUCAAAUACAUCAAACACCUAUUCAUCAAUCUUCGCCACUUCCAGAAAUCAUUUCACCUGUACCACUAACAAUGGAACAAACUCAACCUCAAACCAUUGUAUCACAAAUGCAUUCAUCAUCAUCAUUUCCUCGAUCUCCUCCACCUACAUAUUUUCAUAGCCAAAUGAAAUCAAUUCCUGUUAAUAUCCGUAAAACAUUCAAGAGAUCUCAAUUUGAAUAUGAUCGAUUUCAAACAACUGAACAAGAAGAUGCAAAUGAUUCAAGUGUUGAUGAAUCAGAUUCUGAUGAUGCAAAUAUAACCCCACUUAGGACACCAAUGACACCGAUUGUGAUACCAUUUGCACAUCUAAGUGAUGCUACCGGAACAAACAUAGAGAGAUUGGCUAUUGUGCCCUUUCGAGGAUUGUUUGGAAGUCCUUCCCUAGCUAACAUCACGCCAGCUUUGACCGAAGGCGCCUUAGUAGCUAGAACAGUUGUGCGACAGUCUGAGUUCCUUCGAGCUCAAUCUGUUGUGUGCUCUUCGUGCUUUAGGCUUAACGGAAAUCCUAAGACAGUAAUGAUGUCUUUGGGUCACUCAGUAGAAUCACUUGAGACUACUGAUGUGCCAGAUUCUGCUAUUCCAUUACUGGUUGAAGCUCAAAGGUUGAUAUCUCAGUUUGUUGAAGGAAUUGAAGAAGGUCAAAGAAGUGAGUUGAUUGUUUCUAGAAAUAUCAUAACCGGAAAACUUCCUGCUAUCAAAUCAAGUUCACCAUCACCGAGAUUGCUUACUGGAGAUGCUUUACAUAUUGAUACUCCAGUAGCAUCUUCAUUACCACCCCGUGUAACACAAACAACAACAACAAUACCAACAACAAUGCAAACUACAACAACAAUUCCAUCAUCAACAAUUCAAACAACACCGAUAAUUCCAACUAUUCCACCAACAACAACACCAUCACCAAUUACUCAAUCAUUCCCUGAUCCUAGUUCACCGCAUCAUUCUUCCAGUUCUUCUUCCGAAUCAUCUGAUUCUGCCGAAUACUUAAGUGAUUGCUCACCAAGACGAAUUGCCACCAGUGGUCUAUCAACCGACACUCUUGUUGUUGCUCUCAUGCAUCGGUUGAGAUCUGAAGAACCACAUCUCACUUCCCACAAACGAUCAAUUUUUCAAUCACUCCUUGCAUACAUGUCAUUUCAAGAUUCGAAUGAUUUACCCCCGCUUGUCAGACAAAUUUCACAUUAUUACUCCACAACUUCAACUUCUAACGAGCCAAGUGAUCAUGAUCCAUUUCAACCUGAAGAUGAUGAGUCUGAUUCAUCUGAUUCUGAUGAUCCUGAUAAUGCUCAAACAAGUGAACAAUCUCAGCAAGAAACAUAUGGGAAAGACAUCUUUGAAGAUAUUGUCUAUCAUCUGAAAAACCCAGAAAAUCUUGAGACUCCUAGUGAGCUUGCACAAGGAGACAGACAUCCAUGA